AUGAGCACCACGACCUUCUCCAAUGACCGACUGGUUGACGUCGAGCAUCUCUCUCAUCGAGAAAACAAGGAGCUUGGUAUUACCAACGCCAUCAACAUCACAAGCAACACCACACUAGGUGCACAAGAAACAUCUUUCCUGCCUGUGAAAUCCCUCUACAUCAACACAAAAGGUGUUCCGUUUCUAUGCCUCUCACUACCGCCUUCUGAACUCGAGAUCGCAGUGCAUACUUCUGAUAAAUCAGUCGCUUACCGGAGUACAAGAGCGAAACGCAGCUCGGGGACUUGCGUUUUGACCGAUGCAGAGGGUACAGCACUCAUCAAGACUGAGUACUUCUUUGGACCGUUCAAAGACCCUAUUUUGCAUUGUCUAGGUUCGAAGGGAUUGAUACAUGAGAUCAGGACAGUGAGCAAAUGGACGAGUAGGAAUCACAAGUUCCCACUCCCCGAUGGUCGCAUGUUGGAGUGGAGAUACGAGAAAGAGAAGGGGUUUGGUGCCAAUGAAACAAAGGGAACUGCUCUUGUGUUGCAGUUGGGAGACAAGAGGAUAGCCGCGCUUAUCAGGAACGACGAAACAAGAACACCGGGAAGCAAGGUUAGCAGUGCUGCUAAUGGCGGUGAGCUUGUGUUGAGUACAGAUGUUGGGAGCAAAGACGGGAUUGAUCAGGAUCUUGUCGUUGCGACUUGCUUUUUGAUGCUUAAAAGGAGAUCGAUCGAUUGA